UGGAAACUUUGGAUUUUAUUUAAUUUCAAGUGCUUUUUUGUGUACAGACCUUCUGAAAAGGCCACAGGGAGUCUUCAAGUGCCAGUGACAGAAAGCUGUGAUCUCCAACUGGACAGCAAUGCGUGCAAUUCCUAAAGCACAUCCAUAGGAACAUGGCUGAAGAGUAGUUUGGGACUUGUGCAACAGGAAGGAAAUCAGUUGACUUGGACUUACAUUGCCCCUCAGCUGGGCUACUGGGUUGCAGCCAUGUCACCUACUAUCCCAGAAUGACCUCAUCUGAGAUGCCACAGCUUGAUCAAUAAUGGAUUAUUAGAAAACAGAAAUCUGAAAGUCCCGUUAUAACGCACGACAUUACCAGCUAUCACACAAUGUUUCUUUUGGCAAUUUUAGGAGGGAUGGCUCUCAUACUUCUGGUCUUGCUGUGUCUCCUUUUGUAUUAUUGCAGAAGAAAAUGUUUAAGACCUCGUCAGCAUCAUAAGAAACUGCAACUUCCCACAGCACUGGACACUUCUAAGAAGGAUCAAGCAACCUCUAUGUCCCAUAUAAAUUUAAUAUUUUCACGCCGUGAGUCAGAAUUUCCUGGCGGGCUCUCUGUUGCUAGCAAUGGACACACUGAAAACUCAGGUGCAAAGGAAUUAAUCAGUGCUGUCCACAUGGAGAUGGUAUCACCUAGUGGAGAAGCAGAUAUGCAUACACCUAUGCUCAAACACUCCUUCAGUACUUCCCAGGAGUUCAGCUCCCGAGAGGAACUGCUGUCUGAAAAGGAGAAAGACAAGAGCAGAAUUUCCUUGGAUGACCUGACUCCCAGCGGGUCUCUGAGAAAAGACUACCACAAAUCAGCAGAUAGUUUUCCUUUAAAGACAAGAAAAUCUACAGAAACAGCUGAAGGCUAUGAGUCCCCUGUCAAAGAUGAAUAUAGGAGAAGUUACAAUGCUAUGCUAUCUCAGCCUUUAUUUGAAAAGCAAGAGAGAGAAAUUCAAGUGUCUAUGAACCAUAUUGCUACUGGAAGUAAAUACAAUAUUCAGGAACAAAUAUACCCCACACCUUCAGCUCCUGAAAAAGAGCUGCUGGACUGCAGACCUACUGAAUGUAUGAUGUCUCGUUCGGUCGAUCACCUUGAAAGACCUACAUCUUUCCCUCGACCAGGUCAGUUAAUCUGCUGCAAUUCUGUUGACCAAGUUAAUGACAGUGUUUACAGAAAAGUUUUGCCUGCACUGGUGAUCCCUGGUCAUUACAUGAAAUUACCAGAGCACUCUUUCGUUAGCCAGCCGCUGGUUGUCCCAGCUGACCAGCCCAUUGAUCUAGAAAGACUUCAGGCUGAGCUUCCCAAUCCUCAUGCACGGCUUUUUCCACACCCCCCGCAACAGUUGCAGCCCCAACAGUUGACAUCACAAGCAAUAUCUCAACAACAUUUGCAAGAUGCAGGUGCAGCUGAGUGGAGUCAACAAAACGCUUCCAUGUCUGAAUCUAUUUCCAUCCCCGCCUCACUUAAUGACGCGUCCCUGGCUCAAAUGAACAGCGAAGUGCAGCUUCUUACAGAAAAGGCGUUGAUGGAAUUAGGAGGGGGAAAGCCAUUGCCUCAUCCUCGAGCAUGGUUCGUUUCUCUAGAUGGACGCUCGAAUGCUCAUGUUAGACAUUCGUACAUCGAUCUCCAAAGAGCUGGGAGGAAUGGGAGUAACGAUGCCAGUUUGGACUCUGGCGUUGACAUGAACGAACCAAAAUCUGCACGAAAGGGAAGAGGAGAUCAUCUGUCUGCGCCACAGAGUCACCCACCAGUGCAAGAGCACCAGCAGAGAGAGCGGAAGGUUUCGGAUAGCACAGCUUACACGCAACUUGUGUAUUUGGAUGAUAUGGACCAAAGUGGCAGCGAGUGCGGAACGGCCGUCUGUAGCCCUGAGGACAAUGCUCUGCGAUGCCUACUGGAAGGCACGAGUAAGAGAAGUGGUGUGCAGCUGCCCAGCCUGCAGGAGGAAACGAGAACUGUGGAUACCAAACCAGAGCCAUUAACUAGUCCUGAGCAUGGAACAUCAGGUCAAGAUGAGGAGGAGGAUGAAGAGGAUGAGGAAGAUGACCAAGGUGAAGAUAAGAAAAGUCCUUGGCAGAAACGAGAGGAAAGACCACUAAUGACUUUCAACCUGAAGUAAGCUAUUGUGAAAAUCCACCAUUCAGUGGAGUAUAAAAUUGCCAAAUAUUCUUUCUGUGGAAGUGCUUGUAUUUUUUUUUCCCUUUUUUUUUUUCUUUUUUUGUUGUUGUUGUGGAGAGAAAAGAGAAAAAUAAACUGGUGAGCAACAUUUGAAAGAACUUAAACGCAUUACUGUGUAAAUGUUAGAAAAAGAAUUAAAAUCAUUCCUCUGAUUUAGCAGCUGCCUCUGGUGAGAUAGCUGAACAAAGAGUGUGAUUGUUAUUUCAUAUACUUGAUAUUGGUCAUCCAGGAUGUUGAAAAUACUGACAAAUCGUUUUGGUUGGUUUAUGACCUCAAUCUCCUUAAGAAUAGGAGCUGGUAAAGCUUUUGUUUUGUAGGCUAAUUUUAUGUUGAUAAUGCUACUGAAAGUAUCUUAAAAACAAGAGUUUGACACAUGGUGUCCAAAAUUGUGCAUUAUCUCAAUGAAAGGCUAUGCAUUGCUGCUUUUAGUAAUAUUUUGCUUAUACUAUGCUUUUCUUAAUUUUACAAGUUGGUUGUAAACAUUUUAUGUCCUUUAUUAUAAACUACUCAGCAAUUUAUUUUAAUGUAAAACUGCAGGAAACUUGAGUAGCAUCCCUUAGCAUUGAAGCCUUUUUAUGAAACCAAACUGAACUUUGUGUCGACUAAGAUUCCUCCAAUUCUGGUCCCAUUUACUCAAAGUGCCUUUUUUACAGUAACAAUGAACAGUCCCUUCUUUUGCUAACUCCUUUUAAUUGACCCCGUUUGGGAUUUUAUAAACUUCUGAACUUCUACCUUUUAUUUUAAGCUGCAUGCCAAGAGUCCCUUUUGUGCUGAGCUUUUCUCAUUUCAGUACAGUGUAUUCUGUAGCUAUCAUGUAUAUUGUGGAUUCUGUUUAGCCAGGGUAGACUUAGAAGACAUUUUAAAGGGCCCAGAGUAGCCAAGAAGAUAGUUUCAUUGACUGUAUAUAUUGUUAGCUUCCUCUGGAAUCGUAUGAGCUAAUCAUGCUCAUUAAAUGGACUAUAGGCCGAGCAAGUGGACUGAAUGUCUAGAAAACUUUUUGGAAAAAAAAAAAUGUACUAUCCUAAAGUGCCAGAAUUACUCUUCUGUGCUUUCUCCAUACAGAGCUGCUUGGUUAUCCAAAAAUUAUAAUUGAAAAUAAACUGCAAAAAAAAAUCUUUGUGGGUUUUUUCCUCUGUUUAUGUUCAUUGCAUUAUUUUGUAUUAUUUAAUGAGCAAAAGGCUUUGGUUUCUCUUAUGUUUUUGUGACUUGCUGACACUUAAACUUCCUUAAGCAGUUCUAAUGAGCAUCAGCCAAUUCUGAAACGUAGACCUCUUUUCAGAAAAGACCCUCCGUCCUCAUAAAUACUUCAGUAUUGCUUAAGUAUCGGGGCAGACUUUGGAAAUGAAAUCCCGGUAUCACCAGACUUCUGUGUAGGAUCUGCUUCUCGUGGGGCCGGUUUUUAUUCUGAGAUCUCUGUGGGUACCUGCAUUCACUGGGCAUGCUGACUUUGGCAUGCAUCGGGUUCAAAGAAGAGAAAGUAUGUGUGACUUCUAUUCAUGUGGAGUCCUUCAUUUACAUUCAGUCAUGUUUCAUUCCAUUAUUUUUAUCAACAUUACCAGCAGCCACACUUAAUAAAGUUAAUUAUUAUGUAAUCUCUAAGGUGAUUAGAGAAAGUGUUGUAUAGUUCCUAUUUAAUUUUAAUAAUAAGUCUUCACUCUUUUUUUUUUCUUUUUUUUUCUGUUGAUGUCAAAGCCAGUGUUGUAAUUUCCAUCUUACUGAAUGUAUUAAUCCAGGAGUCUGGGCUCAACCCAGGAGCUGAAUCCAAACUUCAUAGGUCCCAGUCCAGCACUCCUCUCCAUCCACAAAACUACAUCGCCUCUGCUUUGUUUUGGUUCAUGUUUGACAGUGGUAUAUGUCUGGAGGAAAUCUAAAAUAUUUGUAUUCGUGGCGUGCGUUAAAUAUUGAAAUCUCCGUAGUAGCAGUAAGUUACUUUCUGGUGGUUAUGUGCGUUCCAGGUCUUCCUGCUCUGUUCAGGAGCUUUGCUGCUGACCACAUGUGAACUGGCUCUGUGCUAUGGGUAACUUCUGUCCAUCUGUGCAAGGUCACAGCCAAAUCCUGCCUGCUUCAAAGGGAUGGUAUUUAUCAGAUUUCGGUCAGUGCUGGUAAUACAGUGUCACUUACUAAUCAGAAUGCUGUAUCAAAUGGACAUUUGGUUACAAUUCCAACCUACUCCAGUUACUGUGCUAUUUAAUUUUCAACUUUCUGUUCUCUUAAAUCUGAAAUUUUUAAUUACAUUCUCUUUUUACAGAUUCCUUUGCAAAGUUUCCAUCUUUAUUAUGUUGUAAAGUGAAAUUGUUGCUAUUAAAUUGCAGUGGUUUCUUUC